AUGUACAUCACUCUCUACUUUCUCGUCACCCAUCUCCCUGAGUCCCUUCGUGCCGUUAGGGACCAGGGGGCAAGGGAGCGGGUGGAGCUAGCGGGGGCGGUGGCGGAGGCGGUGGAGGCGGCGGGGGGAGUGGGGGUGGCAGUGGAGGUGGUGGCGGGAGUGGAGGUACUAGUGGCGGCAGUGGAGGCGGAGGUGGUGGCGGAGGUGGCGGUGGGAGCGGCGAGGGCGAGGGUGGCGGUAGCGGUGGUAACGGUGGAGGCGGGGGCAGCGGUGGUGGAGGUGGUCAGAGUGGCUCGUCCCAGCAGAGCAGCACUGGGGGUGGUGUGUCCCAGGUAG